AUGAGCUCGGGCCUCCCGCUGCGCGACCGCCUGCAAAGCAACUCGCCGGACCCGCCUGGGCAAGGCAACCCUUGGGUCGGCCGGCCGACCACCCCGCUCCGCAUCGCCAAGCGCGACUCGCCCCAGGGUGCUGGCCUCGCCCGCCGCCAGUCUUCCAGCUACAAGGCAUUGCGCACCAACAAUCUUGUCUCCAAGUCUCCCUUCAGAUCUCAGCUCCCCACGCCAGCCAAGUCGACACCCUCUAGACCGUCGGCCGUUCGACAAUCUGCUGGGCUCUCUCCGUCACCACGCAAAGUGAGUGGCGAGAAACGUCCGCGCCCUCACUCCAUGGUUGCAACCGAGAACGAGCAUCCACUCGGUUUCAAGCGUCGCCAGUCCCGGGCCUUCCAGGGCCUACUCGAGAAGGAACCCGUCACCAAGAGCCCCUUCAAGAUUAUCCCGCCCGACGUUGAUCUAGACGACGCGCUACCUCCUCCCCCACCUCCGAAGCUGACGCGGAUCCCUGUUGCGACUGCGUCUCCGGGUCGGUCAUCCCUCGUCUCUAAGCGUCUCCAUGGCCCGCGCAUCGUCGGAAACGGUUCGCUCAGCCGCCGUCAGCGCCGCAAGACCGUCACUUUCGACGAGCACUGCGAUGUACUCGAGUUUUCCGUCGAAGAGCACGAGAUCGACGAGAAUGCCAUUUCCACCGAUGAGGAGUCCGGCGACGAACAGGCGGACGAGCCACAGAUAGUCGAGCUCCGUCCUGCGCUCGAUGCGCCUUUUCCAACCGACGAAAGCUUCGAUAGCUCACACACCGGAAACGACAGUAUCACAGGGCUCGUUGAAACCCUUCUGCAAGACACCGACGAACCUCAUACUCCACCUCGCCGCGAAAGCUCGCUGCCUCCCGAUAUCGAGACAGAAGACGGCGUUCCCUAUGGGCGCACACAUCAUGCAGAGAGGCUGGGUGCCGCAUACCACCCCACCCCUGCGUACGACGCUUCCUCAGACACAGACCAACGAGACUUCUCAGUAUCCACCCCGCCUCCGUCGACUAUCACCCAAACCAACACUGGCCCAGGCUCACGCAGUAUCAGUGGCACACCAGAGCGUCUCGACGUGAGUGAGGUCGACGAGGAUGUGCGCAUGCUUCCGCCCUCUCCUUCUCCCGCCAAACGACCAAGCCAGGUCUCGCCUGUCCCCAGUGAGCAAGUUUUGGUACCGAGGUUCUCAUUGGAGCAUUUGCGCCAAAGUGCGACGACGGCCACCUUACGAGAAGACCCUUUCAACGUGCCGCAUAUCAAAGAUGAGCAGGUGCCCCCUGAAAUCUCGUUUGUUUCUGGCGGCUCUGACGAGUGUAUGGAUCCCGCCAACUUGUCUAUCGGACAGUCCGAGGUCUCACUCGAUGGCCUUGAUCGCGAACAUGCCUCGCGUGAGGAGGAAGCCACUGACGACGAAGAGCUCCUGCCACCUCAACCUCCCUUCUUCCAUAUGAAACAGGAAGAUGGUAUCGUCUCUUCGCGCAGUUCGACACCCCUGGAACGCAGUGAUUCGCACGUAUCCACCGUUCCCGACUUCAACUUUACGUCGCCUGUCGAUAUGAUGCGGUCAAGUUCGCCGCGUCGCGAGAUCCAUAUGCCCAAGGCGAUACGACCGGGAGACUCGCUCACUCCCGAGAGGAUCAUGUCCUCACCUAGAUCAUCACCUAGAGCAUCUCCGGCAAGCGGCUCUAACAUCAUUAGGCCAACCUCGCAAGGCAUGAGCAUCGAUGAGACGACGCGCCGUCAUUCUCUGCGUGAGCAACCCGAUGCCGGCAAUGCGGAUAGCCUAGAGGGGGAUAGGAACGACAUCGCCGCAGCGUCUGUGGACGUACACAUGGACGAGGAUCGCCGUAGUGUUGCUAGCACGGUCAGCGACCACAGCACCCGGUCGCCGCCGCCUCCUAUGAGCCGGGAGAAGAACUACACUUAUGACGGAGUUAUGUCCGUUGACCCGAACCCGCAGCCGAUCGACCCGCCGCGCCCUAGUAUCCUCGCGCGCGCACACAGCGACGUGGAGGACAAGUCGAUGUUCCAGGGUAUCCAGAUGGACUUCGACCACAGCGCGUUCGGUUUCGGUCAGGAGGACAUGUUCGGCAGAACAGGUUCGACAUCCAGCAGGGGCGACGUCCAUUUGGGCGAUGUGAGCGCCCUGGACAGGCUUAUGGAGAAUGUCGCGCAUGGGCUCCCCGGAAGCGCGGGAGGCUCUGCGCUCCGCGACCUCCAGGCUGAGGGCAAUGCCCAAGGCCCGCUUACUUUCCGCCACGAAACUGUGGACGAGGAAACGGGCGAACCUGCUCAGGCCUCGCCAACUCCAACAGGCGUGAUCAACGCUCCGCCUGCCCCGCCUCCCAAGGAGGCCAUACGCGCGCGGGAGCAGCUGAUCAUGGCCAAGAAGCGCGAGGCUAAGCGGAGAGACGAUCUCGCGUCUCUGGGUCAUUCCACUCCCAGUGCCGUGCAGGCCAUGCGCGCAGGGCGCCCGAGCAGGCGCAGGAGCAUGAGCACGGGAGAUGCGGAGGAUUUGCUCACUCGGACGCCGGCAGCUCAGCGUCGCGCUGCCGCACUGAAAUCUGAGGGUCUGCUUGAUGUUUUGGACAUCGACCAGGAGGACGAUCCGCUUGCAGACAGUAUCGAUCGUGAGCUGCGCAAGCUGGAAGAUCCUGCUAAGAGCAAGUAUCACAUUCGUCAGCAUCAGGAGACCAUCUACGCAAGUUCCGAUGCGGAACAGGUCUCCCAUGUAGGCACUGCGGGCGACGUCAACGGGGGAAAGGCCUGGAGAAUCGUGAAGCGGCCCUCCGACAUGAACGAGUACGCAAGACAAAUCAAGGAACUGCGUGCUCAAGACAAGUCAGGCAAGGCGCACGGCAAGGUGUUCGUCAAAGUAUGCGGAUUGAAGGGACUACAGGUCCCUCUGCCGCGGGAGCCCACCAUCAUCACGUGUACGCUGAACAACGGCAUCCACUUCGUCACCACUCCUGAAUGCCGCUUCAGUAAGGACUGUCGUAUCGAGCAAGAAUUUGAGCUAAUUGAGCACAGCAAGCUCGAAUUCACGCUUACGAUAAAAGUUCGUCGGGACCCACACAUAGCGGCGCAGUGCAAGGCCAACAUCCCGCCGCCGCUACCCACUCCUUCCGCUGCCCCUCGCGCCAACCCGCCUGCCUCCAAAGGCGGGGUGCUGAACUUCUUCCGCUCUUCGUCACCGAAGAAACAGCCCGCCAAACCAGUGCCUGCGCCUGCAGUGCGUGUUCCCGAGUUCAAGUUCGUUGACAACCUCGCCCGCUACCUCAAAUCCGACGGUACACUCGCUCGGGCCUUCAUUUCAUUCCGUGACAUCGCACAUCGGUGUGACGCGACGAUAUUCGACUCGCCAUACCCUCUGAUCGGGCAGCGCCUCGAAUCAAGAACAGUGACGAAGACCGUCCAGGUGGGCGAAAUCGUUUUGCAGAUCUUCCGGCUGCCAGCGCUGCCCGGCAUUCCGCCCAAUCAGCUCCCGCAAAGCUUAGACGAGUGCAUACGAGGUUUGCGUCAUACAGUUUGGCACAAACAGACAUAUUUUGAGGGCACGUUGACGCAGUGUGGAGGCGACUGUACGUCAUGGCGGCGGCGGCACCUGAGGCUUGUCGGUGCUAACUUGGUUGCAUACAACGACGUAACGAAGAAGGUCACGGCAACUAUCGAUUUACGGAAAGCUGUGGCAGUGGAAGACGACGAUGCUGCGCGGAACGCUCUCAGCCCGCAGUCAGGGGUGAGCAGCCGUAGUCGACAUGUCGAUGAACUCGACAUCCCGUACGGUGUGGAGCGGUCGUUCCGUCUUGUCUUCCUGCACGAUCAGGAGAUUACAUUCUUCGCUGAUACGGAGGAAGAGAAGACUAGAUGGGUUGAGGUACUGCGACUUAUAGUGGGACGAGUACCGCAGAAUCCUCUGUGGGCGGAGAUGCUGUGGCAAAGACAGCAAGAUGCCGCAAAGCGCAGCAACGGACACGGUGAUCUUGCACCGCAUCGUUGA